AUGCCGGGUACUUCUAAUGUGACUAAAGCUCAGCGUGCUAUUACGCGGGCACGUUUCAUGCGUGAUCGUCAUUUUGAAUCAAUUCGUGAAAUGCAUACACUCGCUGUGCAUGUCGAGUCAGGCGAUGUCGAAAAGUGUGAGCUUGACGUACGUAUUGAUUCGUUUGAGACAGUUGUUUCAAAAUUUCGUUUAGAACAGGAGGCUGUUGUCGAUGCACUUAUUAUGAAUGACAAUAUCGGGGAAUUCAACGAAGCUGAUGAGCCUGUCUCCAAGUCCGUUGAAGAAAUGUAUUUUAAAAUAAAGCAUAUCAUAUCUCGUUUAUCAAAAAAAGAUUCUCAAUCGACUACGAUAGCCKCACCAACGCUAAGCGCGUUACCGAAAAUUGAGUUGCCCAAAUUUAACGGCGAUGUUUUGUCUUGGUCUCUCUUUCGAGACACAUUUUUAUCUGCCGUUCAUGAGAACCCGGAUAUAAGUGAUAUUCGACGGUUCCAGUAUCUUUUAAUGUGCGUAACGGGAUCGGCACUUACCAUAGUUAAAACKUUUCCGUUAUCGGCGUCAAAUUACAAAUUAGCGUGGGGAGCGUUAUUAAAUCGUUUCAAUAAUCAACGACUUUUAGCUACCGCCCACGUCGAUAAACUGUUUACUUUUAAACCAAUAGCGCAAGAAUCAUUAUCUGCAUUGAACGCAUUUGUCAAUGUUUUUCGGGAAAAUAUUGCCGCCAUAAAGGAACUCGGUGUCAAUGACCUCGUCGGUUUCAUUCUAUUUCAUCUCGCUUCAAAGGCACUAGAUUCAGCCACUCGUCGUUCGUUCGAAAUAAGUUUGGCGCCAAAUCAAAUGCCAGAUUUUGAUUUAUUAUUAGAAUUUGUUCAACAACGCUGUAAAGUUCUCGAAAACAUACAAGGUUCUGUAAGAGUUGAGCGGGCCGAGAAGAAUGUUACAACCGGUAGAUCUCGUCAAACUUCAAAAUCGUUUAUGUCAACUACAUAUGAAAAAUCGGUUAAUCAAAAACAGUUUAAAUGUGCGUUCUGCAACGAAGCUCAUACUAUUUAUCGAUGCGUGGCUUUUCAGCAGACUACCGUCGAAAAGCGUCGAGAUUUUGUAUCUACCAACAAAUUAUGUUUUUCAUGUUUGAGUACUUUGCAUAUGGUAAAUAAAUGUUCUUCAAAGUCAAGUUGUCGCAUUUGUCAGAAACGACAUCAUACCUUAUUACACUUAACAACGCCAACUUCAAACAUCACGCAGGUUUCGGAUCAAUCCAACACCAACGUCGUGGAUUCAUCUAUCCCUGGGUCUAGCAGUCAAGUGCAAUUUUCUGGAACUUCACGAACAAACUCCAUGGUAGUAUUUGGGACAGCAAUUGUCCGUGUAAAGGACAGUUGUGGCGUUUUACAUUCUGUAAGAGUUCUUUUGGACAGCGGUUCACAAAUUUCAGCCAUCACCAGUAGUUGUGUGUCACGCAUAGGUCUCGCCAAGCACAAGUGUUAUACCGAAAUUGUUGGUCUUGCACAAAAUCCUGUUGCAAAAAUAAAAGGCGUGACCAAUUGUCAAUUUAUUCCACACCAUAGUACAAAUUAUACAUUUAAAUGUAGUUUCAUAAUUGAUCGGUAA